AGAAAUUUCACCCCUUUAAAGAUUGAAAAUGCUCACAGAUAUGAUAGAAGAAGAGUUUGACAUUAAGGAGGAAGAACCGUGGUACGACCAUCAAGAUCUCGAACAUGAUCUUCAUUUGGCCGCUGAAUUAGGCAAAAAUUUACUGGAGCAGAACAGAGAGUUAGAACAGAGACUCCAAGAGAUGUAUACCACCAACCAGGAGCAGCUACAAGAAAUAGAGCAUCUGUCCAAACAGGUGGAUUUGCUGAGGUCGGUGAAUGAUCAGCAUGCCAAGGUUUAUGAACAGCUAGACGUAACAGCCCGAGACCUGGAGCAGAAAAACCAAAGACUGCAUCUAGAGAACCGAGCUGCUCAGCAAAAGAUUGAAGGGCUCACAGAGACUGUGGAUGGUCUGCAGGUGCAGGUAGAUGAGCUCCAGCGAGGAAUGAAGAAAUUUGUUUCUCCAGAAUACAACCGGGCCAGUGCACACUCAGAAACCCCACAGCCUGAUAAUGUCCAGUGUCUCAAAUGCUGCAAGAAGUGCCAGUUGCACAAGUAUUCCCAUGAGCACUCCUAUUCAGCUUUGCGAGAGGAGGAGCACAUAGAUCUCCUGCGCUCCGUGCAUUCCCUGCAGACCGAGCUGAGCACAGAGCGUUCUCUGAGAGAGGUUGCAUGGCAGGAGGCGGGUGCUCUGGCGCACAACCUCAGCCAACUGGAGCCAAAACUGGCACUGCUGGGAGACUACAAGGAUCGCCUGGCUGAGAUGGAGGCUGAAGUUCAGGAGUUACGGCUUAUUUUGCUCUCCAACACCAGAGCUGAAGCCACAUGCACCCACAGCCAGUUGCCAGACCGUGUAUUCCUCUCCUCCAAGGAAGAAGUGGGUGGGGUCAGGCAGAGGGGGUGUGGUCUGAAGCACUCUAGCACUGUUAGUGAGGAUGGGCGGGGCUGUUUUAAGCAAGCUGAUGAUGUGAAGCAUCACGGCAUCUCUUUGCUGAACGAGGUGGAUGCCCAAUACAUGGCCCUGCAGGAGAAAUAUGCCACAUUGCUGCGCCACUGUGAGAGUGGGUUGGUGCAACAGAACCACAAAGCCGUUCAGACACCCGUCGCCAGCUCUGCCCAAACACACACACACUCUCAGGGCAUAAGUGCACAGGACAAUGCCCCGCUACCUGAGUAUAAAGUCCUGUUUCAUGAGAUUUUCACCUUUAUUCAAAAGAGCAAAAAGGACCUGAAGGGAAACGGGAUCAAGGCCAGUCAGGUUGAAUGAAGGACCAUUAUGCAUCUACUUAAGAUAUUCCAAACCCUUGAUGAACUUGGCUUCUCUGCUAAAGGGCAUUAUCUGACAGAAAUAUUUCAUCAGUAAGAUGGUUGCCUGAGCCAGCAGAAAGCUUAAAGGUAUGAAACAACAUGAUAGAACCAGCUUUCACCUGAAAUCACAUCUGCUUGCAUUUGCACUCUUUGAAACGUGGACUUAACAUUUACAUUUGUGCUAUACAUUUUUUCCCUAUUAAUCAAGCCCACAAACGUUUAACGCAAUGAUCCACCGCAGAGCUACGGAAACAAUUAAGGUACAGUUUAA